AAGCGUUUCGUGACGUAAGCACGACUCUUACGUCGGACGUAACACAUUCGAGUCCAGGAGCGCUGUUUUAACUUCACUUAAAGUUGGGGAUAUUCUUCAAGUUUUAAUUGUAAGAAGAACUUUUAGACAUACUUUAAGUUUCUUACGCCGGUUGUUACAUUGUGGUUCUAGUAAAGCCGGACGCUUAGUCAGACUGAAGCCUAAUUUCAGUUAGCCGACGGUUGUUUUCCUCGGUGUUAGCAGUAGCAUCCAGGCUAACGUUAGCUGCAGAGAUAUAGAGGAGCAUCAUUGACUCGGUCUCAUACAGCCUAUAUUACAGCCAAUACUAAAGCAGAUAUAGUUACUGACUUUCUCUGUUUGGUGUCAGCCAUCUACGUAGCAGCAGUGAGCCAAAAUGUAUCGUCCUAAGCCGACUCUGAAGGACCGACAGCAUCUUUACAGGCUCAUCAUCAGCCAAUUGCUCCACGACGGCUACACCAACAUCGCCAACAAUCUUAUCAAUGAGGUGAAGCCGCAGAGCGUCGUGUCGCCUUCCGAGCAGCUGAUGCAGCUGGCAAAGAUAGGGAUGGAGAACGACGACAGUGCCGUCCAGUAUGCCAUCGGCCGCUCGGACACAGUAGCGCCUGGUGUUGGCAUUGACCUGGAGUUUGACGCAGAUGUCCAGACCAUGUCCCCGGAGGCGUCAGAGUACGAGACCUGCUAUGUCACGUCCCACAAAGGUCCUUGUCGCGUGGCCACGUACAGCCGGGACGGCCAGCUGAUCGCCACAGGCUCGGCUGACGCCUCCAUCAAGAUUCUGGACACAGAGCGCAUGCUGGCUAAGAGUGCCAUGCCCAUCGAGGUGAUGAUGAAUGAGACGGCACAGCAGAACAUGGAGAACCAUCCCGUCAUCCGUACGCUUUAUGACCAUGUGGAUGAAGUCACCUGCCUGGCCUUCCAUCCGAGUGAACAGAUUCUAGCUUCUGGCUCCAGAGACUACACCCUGAAACUGUUUGACUACUCCAAGCCCUCCGCUAAAAGAGCUUUUAAAUAUAUACAGGAAGCGGAAAUGCUGCGUUCGAUCUCCUUCCACCCCUCCGGGGACUUCCUGCUGGUGGGAACGCAGCACCCAACGCUGCGCCUCUACGAUGUCAACACUUUCCAGUGCUUUGUCUCCUGCAACCCGCUGGACCAGCACACCGACACAAUCAGCGGCGUCAGCUACAACCCCACCGCCAACAGCUACGUCACCUGCAGCAAGGACGGCAGCAUCAAGCUGUGGGACGGCGUCUCCAACCGCUGCGUCGCCACCUUUGACAAGGCACACGAUGGAGCAGAGGUGUGCUCCGCCAUCUUCUCCAAGAACUCCAAGUACAUCCUGUCCAGUGGGAAAGACUCCGUGGCCAAACUUUGGGAGAUCUCCACCGGUCGGACCCUGGUCAAGUACACGGGGGCGGGGCUCAGCGGUCGUCAGAUGCACCGCACGCAAGGCGUGUUCAACCACACGGAGGACUACGUGCUGCUGCCCGACGAGCGAACCAUCAGCCUCUGCUGCUGGGACUCCAGAACAGCAGAGAGGAAGAACCUGCUCUCCCUGGGCCACAACAACAUCGUCCGCUGCAUCGUCCAUUCGCCCACCAACCCGGGCUUCAUGACCUGCAGUGACGACUUCAGGGCCCGCUUCUGGUACCGCCGCGCCACCACAGACUGAGCCUCGCCGGGGCCCUGAGCGGCCGUCUGUUUCACUCCGAGUUCAUUUGAAAAACGGGGCGUGGCCUUUGUUGGAACAUUUCUAGAGAAACGCGGCAGCAUUCGUAAUCGUUAAACCUCAAGAGUAAAACGUCUGGCCACCGCUUCCCUACAGAGCGAUCCGCUGAGCGUCAUCCUUUACACUGAAAGUAGGAAGCAGGAAACGUCAGCUGUGAAUGUUUUUGUUCUCCUGAUGAUCUGUACAUUUGCUUCACUUUCUUUUCUUUUUUAAAAAAUGUGUUUUGCUUAAUUUUGUGUCUGUAAUUUAGAUUUUUU